GCAGCGCGGCGGGAUGGGGUGCCUGUCACCGUGCCCCAGGGCGCUGGCGGCGGGCCCUGGGAGGGACUGCCCUCGGGGCUCCAAGACCGGUACCCCGGAAACCCCGAGGGAAGGAGGGGCCGGGAGGAGUUAAUCCAUUUCCCCAGAGUUGCCCAAGGACUGAGACGGCGCGUGCGGGCCGGGGGGGCUGGGUGAGCCGGGGCGGACACCCCACCCCCUCCGCCCGCGCCGACCCCCGCCGAGCAUCCGAAACAAAAGCGAAAGGAGCCCGCCGGCUGCGUCCCGCUGGGCUCCGGCGUCGCGUCCGCGGGGAGGUCUCCGCGCGCCUCCGAGCCGGCGGGGCCUCCGCUUUGUGACUUCACCGGUUUCGCAACAAGCCCGGGCCGCCCGCGCCCCACCCUUCCCCGGCCCGGCCGCCUCGCAGCUCGCGGUCUCGCUCGGCUUUUCGCGCUUCCCGUCCCUCCGGGGCCCGGCCUGCCCCGGCCGUCGCCGAGCCUGCCGUCUGACCGCCAUCUGCCACCCGCCCGCCCGCUGCGGUCCGCGCCGCGGCCCCGCCGAGCGCAGCGCCGUCCACACCGCGGCGCGAUGCUGUGCUUCCUGAGGGGGAUGGCCUUCGUCCCCUUCCUCCUGGUGACCUGGUCGUCCGCCGCCUUCAUCAUCUCCUACGUGGUCGCCGUGCUCUCCGGGCAUGUCAACCCCUUCCUGCCCUACAUCAGUGAUACAGGAACAACACCUCCAGAAAGUGGUAUUUUUGGAUUCAUGAUAAACUUCUCUGCAUUUCUUGGUGCAGCCACCAUGUACACAAGAUAUAAAAUAGUAGAGAAGCAAAAUCAAACUUCCUAUUUCAGCACUCCUGUUUUUAACUUGGUUUCGUUAGUUCUUGGAUUGGUAGGAUGUAUAGGAAUGGGCAUUGUAGCCAAUUUUCAGGAGUUAGCGGUGCCUGUGGUCCACGACGGGGGCGCCCUUCUGGCCUUCGUCUGCGGGGUGGUGUACACGCUCCUGCAGUCUGUCAUCUCUUACAGAGCGUAUCCUCACUGGAACAGCCUCUUGAUGUGCCACAUGCGCAUGGCCAUUUCUGCCGUUUCCUGCGCCGCGGUCGUUCCCAUGAUUGCCUGUGCUUCACUAAUUUCUAUAACCAAACUGGAGUGGAAUCCAAAAGAAAAGGAUUAUAUAUAUCACGUAGUGAGUGCAAUCUGUGAGUGGACAGUGGCCUUUGGUUUUAUUUUCUACUUCCUAACAUUCAUCCAGGAUUUCCAGAGUGUCACCUUGAGGAUAUCCACAGAAAUCAAUGAUGACAUUUGAAGAAAGAAGAAUUAUAUUUCAGUCAGUGAAUGUCACAGACAAUUUCUAAAAGUACAGAGGAUGCACAGGGUUUCGAUGCUGACCUGAUUUGAAUGCAUGCAGCACACGCAGGACUUGAAUUUCAUUAAGAAAGAAUUCCUAAUAGUUGUACUAUUUACAAAGGUAUGUUUUUCUAGAGAAUGUAGAGAAUUUAUGACAUUGUAGCAGUUUUUAUAAUUUUUUAGAAUACUUUUAUAUUAACAAAUUCAUACACAGAAAAGAUAAAGGUAUUAUUGAAAACAGAGAGCUCUUAUUUUUGUACAGAUUCUGCUUUGUUUAUUUUGUGUGAUUUAUGGAAAUAUACUAAAUGAGGAAUUUCAAGUUUAGUGCAUUCAUUAAAAAGCAAAAUCAGGGUGAUUCAUUUUGAAAUUUCAUUUUUUAGAGAAAGAAUUGUGUAAUUUUAUAUCACAAGAACAUUUAUAAAGUUCAAUUUGUAAUGGUCAUUUACUCAAAUUAUAAGGGUUUAGUUAAUAAAUUAACACUAAUGAAGGUACUCAGAUUUUUAGAUGAACUAAGCAAAGUGCUUCUAUGGAGAGCCUUAGUAUCACUAUGCAUAUUAACUCUAGUAAGUAAACACCAAAGACCUCGGUUUUGAAACUCUGCUCCCUAGACCUUCCUGCCCACAGGGCCACAGCUUUUACCUGUGCCACUAGCUGGCAAUCUGCAGUGGGACUAAUUCAGCAAGGCAGAUCAGAAAUAAAAAGUUUUACAACAGUAAAAUGGAGGAGGGUGACUGGCCUACAAGAAAAUCUCACUGGAUUGCAGGCUUGUGUCUUUCCUAGAUAAGCAAGGAGAGAAAAGAUCCUCAGCCUGUCUCAGGCUCAUGGAAAGCAGGGCUGAGGAAAGGAGAAUUUGCCUAAUACUAAAACUCUGCAAAAGGCAACCUCCUGAAUGCAUUUAUGAUACCAUUUAUAAAACUACCCUUUCUUGUUACUGGCAUAGCUCAAGUCUUCAUUUCAAUUUUUCACCAGUGAACAUGUCAAAGUGAACCCAGGUCCAAGAGAGACAAGGAGAAAGGAGAGGGGGCUGCAGAAACUUCUGGGUUCAGGGUGCUAUUUAUUUGCUCUCCUUUUUAAUGCCUGAGACUCCAUGUUUACACACUCUAGGGAAUGUGAGUCAGGCUCUUUGCUUUAGGCAGAAACUACAGACUCCAUCUUUGCACCCAAAUCAUGAAUGACAAAUGACAAGCAAGUCACCGUGGGGAAAGAAGUGGUCCUUUAGAAGCAAAGCUUAGGUUUGCACACUGAAGAGAAGACUCUCUAGAACAUAAACCUGUGUCUGGCCAAGUGGGACCGAACCUUGAGGGCACAGAGGCCUGUGUGGACACCUAGGGAGGCAGCCUGGGGCCGGCGAGCACGUGGUGGGUCCUCGGUUGCUACUUGUUGAGUGAGUGGAGGUGUGAGUCUCCACCUCCGUCGGCUCUCUUUGCAAUGACAGACUGCAUCUGCUGGAAGCGUUCAGCAGCGGGAAACUGAUCACAUUUCCGGGCCUGUUGUGACUUACAAUAAUGCUGUGGCUCCUCAUUGUCACGCUGGAAUGGAAAGGCAGUGCUCCAGGCUGGGUCAAGUGUUCAUUAUUCUGAAGAGGAGGCGGAAUGCCAUGCGCUGUUUCCCCGGAACUUGCGGUGGAAUGAAUUCAUGAUCGCGUCUCGCACUGAAGGGACUUUUAUUAUUGGCACUUCUCACAAUGUAUUGUCAUGUUUCAUUUCCGCAUUGUUAGUACACUUAGAUUGAGAGCUCCCUGAGGGCAGAGUAUUUGCCUUAAUCUUUGUAACUACAGCAUUUAACAGCGCCUCCUGGCACACAGUAGGCGCUUAAUAAAUACUCAUGGGUUGGAAGGAUGAAGGAAGAAAUGAAGGAAUGACUGACUCCAGAUGUCUGUAAUGCUGUAUAAUGGGAUGUGCUCUGGUUUUCUAAUUAGUUUAGUGAUAAACAAAUUAAGUCUGUAUCGCCAAGAAAUGUUGACUGUUUUGCUUUGUACUGUAAAUGUUUCAGUUGUUUGGGCUUCACUAUUCUAUGACAACUCUCUUCAACCUGGACAGUUACCACAGAAAUUGUUCCAUGGGCUAGGCAUAAAUUGUAUACCUGGCUCGGCAAACUGAGAAGGCCCUAAAUUACUCCGGAUCAUCACAUUCCGCUGAUUCCAUGCAACCUCUAAGGCCUGCCUUAUCCACCUUUUGGUAUUAUUUCUAAUUUCCAUGAAGUUGCAUUUUCUUGGAUCUUGUGGCUGAAAAAGUAAAAUAAAAUGAAAUAUUUCUUUAUUUUAGUAA